CCCCGCUUGUUCAAAGGUUGCGCAUGCCCACUCGGCGGUGCCCGGCAGGUUAGAACGUAGGUUACCCGGAGCUUCCCAUGUGCUGCCAGGUUCCGAAGCGGGAGCGUCAUGGUGUGAGAGAAAAAUGGGGGCCAGGGUGACUCGCGCCUUUCGAAACUUCAACCUGGAUAAUCGCGCCGAGAGGGAGAUCAGCAAGGCGAAGCCAUCUGUUGCCCCCAUGCACCCAACUACCAAGACACUGAUCUUGGAGGAAGUCAGCCGCCAUCCAGAAUUGGAAGAAGUAGUUAAAAGAAAAGAUGACAAGCUGCUCACAUUAUUAAAAGAAGUAUAUGUUGACUCCAAAGAUCCUGUUCCACAAGUGCAGGUGAAAAAUGCUGGUAUACCUCACUCUACGGAACUCAGACUUCUCAAAGGCAAUCAUUUUAAUCUCAUGACUUCCCAGAACAUUCCCAAAGGCAAAAUUUCUGUGGUGGAGGCUCUCACACUACUUAAUAAUCAUAAACGUUCUCCUGAAACGUGGACUGCAGAGAAAAUAGCCCAGGAAUAUUAUCUAGAACUGAAAGAUGUCAACUCCCUUCUUACAUUUUUCGUUGCUUUUGAUGUAAAGAUCUUCCCUGCCAAUAACAGAAGGAAAGCUAUAUCAUCCAAGUGAAAGAAGCCAUCAAGUACUUUUCCCUAUGUAUGCCCUUGUCUUAUUCUUCACCUCCUGAAUGAUUUAAUUAUGUUGUCAUUUGGCUAAGUGAUUAUAUAGCUCCCUCUUUGUGACUGAAAACUUUUUUUUAAUUUAAUGAGCAGCUAAUUGUGUCAGACUGCUGGCUGAGUAGGAAAUGUUUUGACGGUAUUUCAUUUUACUGUAUUCUAUCAUGUGUUAUGUCCAAAUGAGUGAUAAGCUCAAUAUCCAUGUAUUCCUUAGAAGUGGAAGAGGCAAGCUGUUAUUUUUGGGUAUGCCAUAACACCGCUUCUGAAAUGGUCACAGUCUCUUGUGAUAUGUCUGAGAGACUCACUUUGAAAUUAAAGGAGAAAAAUUUGUCUUCCGAUUCUAGUGGAAAGUGCAUUCUUCCCCUAAUUUGAUAAAAGAAGAAUCUUAAAGCUAUGGCAUUUACUCUCAGAAGAGUGAUACUGGAAGAGAAAUAAGAUAGUAGCAUUUCUAUGGCAGAGAACCAAAAUAAAAAUCAACAAAAAAGAUAAUAUGCUUCCAAAAUUAUCCUCUAUGAUUAUUACUCUAUCGGAUGGAAGAAAAAGAAAAGUUUAAAAUUCUUUAAAAUUACAAACAUAUUCUCCCUUAAAUUACUAAAUUUUGUUGAUGGAGACUCAAAAAUUUAUGAGAAGUAUUUAAUUUUAAUUAUAUAGAGUCUGGCUAAAGGAAAGUUUUUGGUGUGGCAUUGUAGGGCAGUUAGAGGCAGUAGCUGAAAAGUGACCACCUCUCUAGAUUUGACCUAUAACAAUUAGAAGUUUGGGGGAGAACUUCUGGAUUCUAGAUCCCAGUUAAAUAGGUAACUUUGGGAAAGUCACUAACCUUCUGGGCCUCAGUUUCCACCUCUAUAAUAAGAGGGUAGGACUAGGAAAUAAUCCUAAUAACUAGCAUUUUUUGAGCACUUCUAAGUUCUGUAGAGUACUCUUCACGUGUUGUAAAUAAUCUGUAAGGUCAGGUGCAAUUUCAUGAUUCUCUCAAACUGGUCAAAUUAAGAAAGAAGAUGAAGCCCAGGAAGAUGUGCUUAGAAGGUUUUUUAAAGUGGAAAGAAUGUUAGACUCAGUGUCACGGGAGACCUGAGUUUGAAUAUCAUUUCUAACACUUAUCUAUAUGACUACGAACAAGUAGCAACCUAUUUGAGCUUCACUUUCUUAUCUGUAAAAGGAAACUUGGAAUAUCAAUCUCACAGGCUUCUUGUAUGGUCCAAAUGACUUUUUAAAGUACUUGGCAAGUCUUAUAUUCAAUAUAUAAAUGUUAGUUAUUAUUAAUAUUCUUAGUUUUGAAUGACCAGAUUAAGUUCAGUGCUCAAGUUCAGUAUUAUUAGCUAACAGUUAUCUUAUCUAGCAAGUUUAAGUCUGCAAACACUUUACAUUUUUUCAUUUCCUAAUCUCACCUAUGAUUUGAGGUGGGCACUAUGAUAACUGUUUUACAGAUGAGGACAUUGAGACUGAAAGGGUAAGUGUCUUUCCCAAGAUCACACAGCUAGUAAAUGAAGAAGGUUUCAAACUCAAGUCUUCCUGACUCCAAGUCUUAUUCCACUAUGGUCACAGUGACUCCUGACCCUUUUGCUCUGAGGGAUCCCUUCUGGUUCAAGAUCUAACUAGAGAUAAUAGUUCUCUGAUUUAGUUCACAGAAUAUUAUCUGGAAGCAACUUAGAGAUUUUUUAGCUUACCUCAUUUUUACAGAUAAAAAAAAAAACUGUGACUCAGUCAGUGACUUUGCAAUCCAAGAUCACAUGGGUAGGUCUCCUGAUUCCUAUGCCAAACCCCAUUAUAAUGAGAAGCAAGACAGGUGGGCAGUGGUGCUGUAGAAGCCAAUAAGCAAUUAACCUGAAUCUUUUGCUAAUGUUCAUUAGGCCUCUGUUCUGAUUUCAUGGGGUGAUUUCCAUCAUGAGUCCAGAGAUUCUCUAGGCGCACAGCAUGGAGGAAGCUUAGGAACUGAGAAGUAAAUUAAUUCCUGGAGGCAUAGGAAGUAGCUCUGGGAAGAGGAAACCCAGAUGCAAAUUGGGGAUUUUUGACAGAAAUUGUUUCUAAAUGCACUUUCCAAAUAACCCUUAUUGCUAUAUUUGCCACAAAAUAGUACUUGUUUUGAAAAACAAGAUAGCUACAGCUAUGGAGUUGCUUCUAAAAAUUUAUGUCAUGGAUUUACAUUAUAUUCUAUUUUACUGCACAAAGACAAUUGUCAUUCUCGGUCACCAAGAGACUACCACUAUUUUACUGUCCAUUCUAUUCUGUAUGAGCCAACCUGCAAAUCUAUAAAUAUAGCCUUGGUUUAACACAUGUGAUGAUUUCUUUCCAGGCAACUAUAAAUAUAACUGCUGCUCCUAUAUGUUAUAUAAUAUAUAAUAAAAGUUCUUAUCUUUCUGAUAUCCAUGAAAGAAGAGGAAUGGUGUAGUUUAAUUCCUUUAUGUUAUUUUAGGAGCAUGAGACAUCUAGCAGUAAAACAACUGUACUCAUAUUCCCUUUUUCUGAUUCAUUUCCAAUUAGCCUCAGAUUAAAAACUGUAAUGUCACCAUAUUUUUUUCCUAGCCAGGUACAAUUAUGGUUAAAGCCCAUCAUGCACUGGUAAUAUACUGUGAAAUAAAGCAAUAAAAAACGGCCACAUUUAUAUAA